AUGUCCGACUCCACCAAGCAAUCUCACGCCAUCGACCCGGCAACAUCAAAAAGUACGCUUCCACCCAUCAUGUUAAUCCCUAACAAGAAUAGCGCCAACAAACCGCAGUUCCCCCCAAAACCCAGCGCAAAGUCCCCGAAGCCGUCGAGGACGCCCUCCCAAACAAGAUCCACGACACCGGAAAUCCAGACAAGUACUCCCACGACAAGGUACCUUAUCAUUGCCCCCAGACGAAUUUUCCCAGAUGACUUUUCUAGCUCGCUCACCUUACUUACCUUGAUCUCUAGGGCCAUAGCAUCGUGCCGGAGAAAGUAGCAGAGUCCUUGCCGAGCAAAGUGGAAGAGAAAGUCCCGGAUGCGCUGCACGAUACGAGUGGGAAGAAGUCUGAUCCGGAGCUGGUGAGGGAGCAGGCUGGUAGGGCGAUCUGA